AGCAAGUAACAAUCGAAGAACUACGGUCCUUCCACAGGAUCGAUAGGGAUAUCUACAGAAUGCUAGCAAUUAACUUGGGGAAAGAUCCUUUGCUCUCCAUGGCAGUUAUUGCUCUAUGGAUAUUCAUGGAGGAACUCGGUUACCCUAGCGUCAUCCUUGAAUUGCUUAUAUACCAAAACCAUCUUUUAACAAGUUGGGCAUUCGAUGAAGCGGUAUAUUCAGUUUAUUAUAUCAUUACCAGUACGCCUCCUCCUGCUUUGCACUAUGCUACAACAACAGAUAUGCCUACAACUUUGAGAUUGUUACAAGAUUAUGGGUCUCGAAUGUACAUUUCAAAGAAUUCACUGUUUGAACAUGCAGAAAGCGGGUACAUUUCUCUGAAACAAACAAUAGGAACAGUUUGCUACAGAUUGUUUGCAGAUAUAUUCCGAGAAGCGACGCAGAGGAAUCUUAAUCUGGGUUAUGGUGGUGAUGGGAUUUAUGGAGAUGCGAACACUCAUGAUCAGGAAGAAACUGGUAAUGUUGUUGAACCGGAACAGGUGGAGCCAAACAGUGUAGUGUUUGGAAACGGCAUUCCUCCUGCUCCUCUGCGUGGUGAUACUGUUGAAUUCAAGAAACUCGAAGUGGGUUCAUCUUCUGGUACUAAACAGUGUGAGAAUAUUUCUGAGAUCGGCGAAACCUCAACACUGCCUACAAUUGAGGAACAACAAGUAGUACAAGUUCUUCCGCCAGAUGAACGAACUAUGUUCAUUACGUUCUCUAGAGGAUUUCCCAUUUCCGAAGGCCAACUUCGUGAAUUCUUUGUCAGGACAUAUGGCGAUUGUAUUGAAAGUAUCUACAUGCAGGAGAUCAAGCCCCCGCAACGACAAUCGAUGUUUGCCAAGAUUGUGUUUUAUGCAAGCGAAACAAUUGAUCACAUCCUAGCAGGCGAAACUAAAGUUCGGUUUUUUAUUAAUGGUCGUCACAUCCAGGCCAGAAGGUUCGAAGCCAGGGAAGGUAGUCGUUGAGUGAAUCAUGGCAUGCUCAUAGGCAACAUGUACGUGCGCCAUGGAUGAGUUUUCUAAUUAUUUUCCAGUUCCAUGAAACUGCUGGGAUGAGCUUUUUAUUUAAAGACUCCAUCUAAUAAAAUUGGUCAUUGUAAACGUUAUUUAUUAAUUUCAAUGAUUUCUCCAUA